AUGGCCAAUUUGCUGAUUGGUGAUGGUACAAGUUGGAAAUUCAACCCUCCAGCGUCUCCCCAUUUUGGUGGCAAGUGGGAGGCUGGCAUUAAAUCAGUAAAGACUCACCUUCGGAAAGUAGUUGGAUCAUCGUUACUCACUUAUGAGGAGUUUAGCACAGUUCUAAUUCAAAUUGAGGCGGUUUUAAAUUCACGUCCUCUGAGUGCAAUGUCUGAUGACUCAAAUAGCUACGAAGUUCUAACACCAGCUCAUUUUCUGAUCGGAGAAGCAUUAACAGUUGUUCCGCACCCUUCAAUUUUAACAGAAAAUAUUAAUCGACUAAACCGGUGGCAACUGCUUCGCCGCAUGGUUGAGGACUUUUGGACAAAAUGGCAAAAAUUUUACUUGCAAUCUGUAAAUGUAAGAACUAAAUGGUUUGAUGAACAAAAUAUACCUAUCGUGGGACAAUUGGUGUUAGUAAAGGAUGAACGACUACCUCCAUCUAAAUGGAUGCUUGCAAGAAUUGUUGAACUUCAUCCUGGGGUUGAUGGUCACGUUCGAGUGGCAACAAUAAAAACUCCAACUACUACCUUGAUUCGUCCUAUAAUUAAACUAAGUGUACUUCCAGUUGAUAAUUCAUUAUAA